AUGGCUCCAAAAUAUAUUGCAGUGCCCUCUGGCGACAAUGGCACGAGCCAAAACGGACCUCCUUCGCCGCGAGCGGCGCACAUGGCCACAACUACGCUGCGCGUGGAGGGCAUGACGUGCGGAUCUUGCACAUCGGCUGUUGAAGCAGGCUUCAAAGGUGUCGAUGGAGUGGGCAAUGUGUCUGUGAGCUUGGUCAUGGAGCGCGCGGUCAUUAUGCAUGAUCCCGAAGCCAUAUCCGCCGAUGCCAUUCGCGAGAUCAUUGACGAUCGGGGGUUCGACGCUCACGUGCUGUCGACUGAUAUACAGAGUUCUACACCCGCUCGAGACGCAGAGCGUCGCAAAGACAAUGACGACCAGGCACUGGCCACGACGACUGUGGGCAUCGAGGGGAUGACCUGCGGAGCUUGCACUUCGGCCGUGGAGGGCGGCUUCAAAGGGGUUCCGGGCAUGAAGCACUUCAGCAUAUCGCUUCUGUCAGAACGCGCCGUCAUUGAGCAUGACCCGAGUAUUCUGACGCCAGCGCAGAUUGUUGAGAUUAUCGACGACAGGGGGUUUGACGCGACGCUCAUCGAUACUGUCCUGGAAAACCCACUGGCACCGACAAACGACAAGGGCCCGGCGGAACCUGUGGACGACAUUGCAACGACGACUGUGGCCAUUGAAGGAAUGACAUGCGGUGCAUGCACUUCAGCCGUCGAGGGCGGCUUUACCGGUGUGGAUGGCGUGUUGCGGUUCAACAUCAGUCUCCUGGCAGAGCGCGCCGUCAUUACUCACGACGUUAGCAAAAUCACAGCGGCGCAGAUUGCGGAAAUCAUCGAAGACCGCGGAUUCGAUGCCGAGGUUGUAUCCUCGCCAUCCGACGCUGCCCUCCAAGGAGUAUCCUCAGCAAACGCACAGUUCAAGGUCUAUGGUUGCCCCGAUGCAGCGGCCGCGACAGCUUUGGAGGAGGUCCUCAGGGCACUGCCGGGCGUCAGCGCAGCGUCCCUGAGCUUGGCCACCGAUCGCUUGACGGUCUCCCAUAAUCCUGGCAAGAUCGGACUGAGAGGGAUCGUGGAGGCCGUGGAGGCGCGAGGCAUGAACGCCCUGGUUGCGGACAGCCAGGAUAAUAGCGCGCAACUCGAGUCACUGGCAAAGACUCGCGAGAUCAACGAGUGGCGAACAGCUUUCAGGAUAUCCGCGGCCUUUGCCGUUCCGGUCUUCCUCAUUGGCAUGAUCCUACCCAUGUGCUUCGCCGCCGCCGACUUUGGUGGUUUCGAGCUUAUCCGGGGUCUCUUCCUUGGGGAUCUCGUCUGCUUGAUUCUCACGCUUCCCGUUCAGUUUGGAAUUGGAAAGAGGUUCUACGUCUCCGCGUACAAGUCGUUGAAGCACGGUUCACCCACUAUGGAUGUUCUUGUGAUCCUGGGUACCUCGUGUGCCUUCUUCUUCAGCGUGUUUUCCAUGGUGGUGUCCGUCACCGCGCCGCCUUACACGAGGCCGCACACGAUUUUCGACACCAGCACCAUGCUGAUCACAUUUAUUACCUUGAGUCGCUAUCUUGAGAACUCAGCCAAGGGGCAGACCUCCAAGGCCCUUUCCCGCCUCAUGUCACUCGCGCCGUCCAUGGCCACAAUCUAUGUCGACCCCAUCGCUGUCGAGAAGGCAGCCGAGGCUUGGGCCGAGGGAUCCAAGGAGCAAAGCGAUGGCAGCAAGAGUGCAGGUGAAGGUUCAGGAGGCUCUGCAUACGAAGAAAAGACCAUUCCCACGGAGCUGUUGCAGGUCGGUGACAUUGUACUCAUCAAGCCUGGUGACAAAUUUCCGGCUGACGGUACACUUGUACGCGGCACGACGUAUGCAGACGAAAGCAUGGUCACGGGCGAGGCCAUGCCGGUACAGAAGCGCGUGGGUGACAAUGUCGUCGGCGGAACAGUCAACGGCGAGGGUCGCGUUGAUUUUAGAGUCACCCGCGCUGGUAGAGACACGCAGCUCAGCCAGAUUGUCAGGCUGGUGCAGAACGCGCAGACAACGCGGGCACCCAUCCAACAGCUGGCGGACACACUCGCCGGGUACUUUGUGCCUACGAUUCUCAUCCUCGGUCUCAUCACGUUCCUCGGCUGGAUGAUCCUCAGCCACGUUUUGUCUAACCCUCCCCAUAUCUUCCUCGAAGACGCUAGCGGCGGGAAGAUCAUGGUGUGUGUGAAGCUUUGCAUUUCGGUCAUUGUGUUCGCGUGCCCGUGUGCCCUUGGCUUGGCCACGCCCACUGCCGUCAUGGUAGGCACCGGUGUUGGUGCCGAGAACGGGAUACUCAUCAAGGGCGGCGCGGCCCUGGAACGAACGACCAAAGUCACCCAGGUCGUCCUUGACAAGACGGGUACAAUUACGCACGGCAAGAUGAGCGUGGCCAAGGCUGAGAUCGACCCAACUUGGACCGACAACAAGUGGCGCCGGAAGCUGUGGUGGUCGCUCAUUGGCCUGACAGAGAUGGGCAGUGAGCAUCCUGUCGGCCGUGCCAUCCUGACGGCUGCUAAGCAUGAGCUUGACGUCGACGUCGACGGUACCAUUGAGGGCAGCAUUGGCGACUUCAAGGCUGCUGUGGGCCGCGGUGUGGACGCCCUGAUUGAGCCUGCUUGCUCCGCGGAAAGACAACGCUACCGAGUGCUUGCCGGCAAUGUACGCUUCCUCACGGAAAACCAUGUGGAUAUCCCACAAGAUGCCAUUGAGGCUUCCGAACAGCUGAAUGCAUCAGCCGGCAAAGCCCGCAGCAAGUCGCCCACCGCUGGCACGACCAACAUCUUUGUCGCGAUCAACGGUACCUAUGCCGGGCAUCUCUGCCUGGCCGACACCAUCAAGGACGGUGCCGCUGCUGCCAUCUCUGUGCUGCACCGGAUGAAGAUCAAGACAGCCAUCGUCACUGGUGACCAGCAGUCGACUGCAGUCGCCGUGGCCGCCGCGGUCGGGAUCCCCGCUGAGCACGUCUACGCCGGCGUGAGCCCCGACCAGAAGCAGGCCAUCAUCAAGCAGAUCCAGGCGCAGGGCGAGAUUGUGGCCAUGGUUGGCGAUGGCAUCAACGACUCCCCGGCCCUCGCCACGGCCGACAUUGGCAUCGCCAUGGCGUCCGGCACCGACGUGGCCAUGGAGGCGGCCGACCUCGUGCUGAUGCGGCCCACGGAACUCAUGGACAUACCCGCGGCGCUGCACCUCACGCGCUCCAUCUUCCGACGCAUCAAGCUCAACCUCGCCUGGGCCUGCAUGUACAACGUGAUUGGCCUGCCCAUCGCCAUGGGGUUCUUCCUGCCCCUGGGCCUGCACAUGCACCCCAUGCUGGCCGGUCUGGCCAUGGCCUUCUCCAGCGUCAGCGUCGUCGUGUCAAGUUUGCUCCUCAAGUCCUGGCGGCGGCCCCGGUGGAUGGACGAGGCUGAGGCCGCGCACAAGAUGCCUGGUGGCAAGUUGCGAUGGAUGAGCGGUGCGGGCUUGAUCGGGUGGGUGCGCGAGAUGCUGGGCAGUCGCCGCGCCAAGGGGGAGGAGGGCUAUGUGCCGCUGGAAAAUGUCGAUGCGGUCUAA